CGAGUUUUUUAUUUUUAUUUUUUAAAAUUAUUUUAACUACGGAUUAACUACAGUAUCUUUUAAUAAUUAAUUUAUCGUUCUUCUUUUUGCGUUGCUCCUCUCUGAACGACAAGCUUUUGCCAUCGCAUUCGAUUAUUCGAUCUGUAUUCUCCAAUCUGUCCCUUCUCCGAUAGAUCUCUCACCAUCUCUCCGUAUCCGUUCAAUCCGCGUUCUCAAUUCUUCACUCUCUCAUGGAAGCUCUUCAGUUUCAGAUUUGAAGAUUCGUGGAGCUUUGAAGAACUCGAUUUCGAGUUUCAAAUUUGAGGAAAAUAAGACCAAGUUGCUUCAAGAUAUCAUAACAUGGCAACCCGAGGUAGAAGAACUAAACGUGCUCGAGGGAGAGGUCGCAGUGAUCCACCACAACCUUCCAAUUCCCUAGGUGUCAAGGUUGACAAUGAAGAAAUUCAAAAGGAAGGACCGGCAAAGGGAUUUGAUGCAUUAAAUAAUAAGCAAAAAUCCGCUCCUUUUAAUUCUGAACAGAAUGAUGAAGACAACAACUACAAUGAUGAUGAAGAGAUGCAACUCAUCAUGGAUGAAAUUUAUCAACGACAAUUAGUCAAGAAGCAAGCAGCUGAUGCAAAUAAUGCGAAAAAUUGUAUUGAAGCUAGUUUUGGACUUCCCAGCAAUGUGAGGCCAUCAAGUGGAGGGUCCCCUGCAGAAACUGAUUGGCAAAAACUUAUAUCUUUAGAGGGCAUUUUUAGCUCAGGUAGGCGAAUUACUCGUAGUCAAGGGAGAGGUUGCAGUAAUCCACCGGGGCCUUCUCAGUUGUGCAUUGAUCCACCACCACAACCAGUACAUACUUUGGUUUCCCCAGGUGUCAAGAAUGACAAGAAGAGAAUUCAAAAGAAAAGACAGGGUAAGGGGGCUGAUACAUUAAAUAAUAAGCAGAAAUCUACUGCUUUUAAUUCUGAACAGAAUGUUGAACACUGCGACAAUAAUGGUGCUGAAGAUGAAGAACUGCAACUCAUCAUAGAUAAAAUUUGUCAUUCUCAAUUACACAAGCAGCAAGCUACUGUUGCGAAUAAUGUGGAAAAGUAUAUAGGAUCCAAUUUUGGACUUUCCAACAAUGCAAGAUCAUCGAGUGUAGGAUAUCAUGUAGAAACUGAUACAAGAAAAGUUAUAUCUGUAGAGGACAUCUCUAACCCAGGUAGGCGAAUUACCCGUGGUCGAGGGAGAGGUCGUAGUGAUCCACCAGGGCCUUCUCAAUCGUGCAUUGUUCCACCACCACAACCAGCACAUACUACGGUUAUCCCAGGUGUCAAAAGUGACAAAAGUAGAAUUCAAAAGAAAGGACGGGGUAAGGGGGUUGAUACACUAAAUAAUAAAAGGAAAUCUUCUGCUUUUGAUUCUGAACAAAAUGAUGAAUACUAUGACAAUAAUGCUGGGGUAGAUGAAGAAUUGGGACUCGUAACAGAGAAAAGUAUUCAACCACAAUUACACAGGAAGCAAACAACCGAUGCAAAUAAUGUGGAGAAGUAUAUUGGAUCUAAUUUUGGACUUUCCCCCAAUGUGAGGUCGUCAAGCGUGGGAUAUCAUGUAGAAACGGAUACGAGAAAAGUUAUAUCUGUUGAGGGCAUCUCUAACCCAGGUAGAGGAAUUAAACGUGGUCAACGGAGAGGUUGUAGUGAUCCACCAAGGCCUUCUCAAUCGUGCACUGUUCCACCACUAACAACAAUUUUGGUUGCCCCAGGUGUCCAUAAUGACAAUAACAGAGUUCAAAGGAAAGGAUUGGUUAAGGGGUUUAGUGCAUUAAAUAGUAAGCAGAAAGCAACUGCUGUUUAUCCUGAACAUAAUGAUGAAUACAAUGAUUAUAGUAAUGAUGAAGAGAUGCAACUCAUCAUGGAGAAAAUUUACCAACGACAAUUACUCAAGCAGCAAGCAGCUAUUGCAAAUAAUGUGAAAAAAUGUAUUGGGGACAGUUUUGGACUUUCCCACGAUGUGAGGCCGUCAAGUGGAGGAUCCCACAUAGAAGCUGAUAGGAGAAACGUCGUUUCUGUAGAGGGCAUCUCUAACCUAGGUAGAGGAAUUAAACGUGGUCGAGGGAGAGGUCGUAGCGAUCCACCAGGGCCUUCUCAAUCGUGCACUGUUCCACCACCAACAGCACAUACUUUGGUUGCUCCAGGUGUCCAGAAUGACAAUAACAGAGUUCAAAGGAAAGGAUUGGUUAAGGGGUUUAGCGCAUUAAAUAAUAAGCAGAAAGAAACUGCUGUUAAUCCUGAACAUGAUGAUGAAUACAAUGAUUAUAGUGAUGAUGAAGAUGAAGAGAUGCAACUCAUCAUGGAGAAAAUUUACCAACGACAAUUGCGCAAGCAGCAAGCAGCUAUUGCAAAUAAUGUGAAAAAACGUAUUGGGGACAAUUUUGGACUUUCCCACAAUGUGAGGCCAUCAAGUGGAGGAUCCCACAUAGAAGCUGAUAGGAGAAACAUCUUGUCUGUAGAGGGCAUCUCUAACCUAGGUAGAGGAAUUAAACAUGGUCGAGGGAGAGGUCGUAGCGAUCCACCAGGGCCUUCUCAAUCAUGCAUUGAUCCACCAGCAACAGCACGUACUUCGGUUUCUCCAGGUGCCGCAGCUGACAAUGGUCACGCCACAGUCUAUGACAGAGGUGAUACUUCUGCCGCAAUGGGUAUGAAGAAUGACAAGAACAAAAUGCAAUCAAAAGGACUGGUUAAGGGGCUUGAUGCAUUAAAUAAUACGCAGCAAUUUGCUGCUGUUAGUUCUGGAGAGAAUGAUAAAUACUCUGACUACAAUGAUGGUGAAGAUGAAGAGAUGCAGCUCAUUGGGGAGAAAAGUAUUGAACAACCACUCAGGCAUCAAGUAGAUGACACAAAUAAUGUGAAGCAAUGUAAUAGAGGCGAUUCCGGAGUUUCCAACCAUGGGAGCAUGGACAGUGCUUCUUCAGAUUCUGUCUCAAACUCUACUGAUUAUUCACCAGCUAACGACCCAACUUCACUGCCUCUGAGUGGAAGAUCUCGUGUAGGAAUUGAUAGAAGAAAAGUUAUAUCUAUUGAGGACAACUCUAACCCGAGGAGGUUUGUUCCCCAAAGUGUUACCCGUGAUAUUAUAUCUACUGUGAUCGGGCAGAUGCCUAUUCCAGCUGCGAAGUGGAAAGCUUAUCCAAUUGAAAAGAAGGAUGAGUUAUUUAAAGAAUUCAUGGGUAAAUAUAAGUUUGCAUCAGAUUCUGAAUGCAAUAUUGCAAGAAUGGUGUGGGAAAGAACAUGCAUGGACCGCUAUCCUGAUCAUUUAAAAAAUGCAAGAAAAACGGCCUUACGACGUGUGAACUCAACAAACUUGGCCGAUACUAAGGGGCAUGGGCCCAAAGGACUGAAGCCAGAAAUAUGGAAUGGUUUGGUUGACAUUUGGUUGAAACCAGAGUGGACGAAGAUGUCUGAUGCUAAUCGAUGUAAUAGAGCCUCCAAACCUGAUUCAGCGUUGCACACUGGAGGCUCAAUAAGCUUUAGAGAACAUAAGAAGAGGAUGGAGGAAGAGAUAAAGCAAGAAGUUUCCUAUAGAGAUGUUUACGAUCAUGUUCAUAAGAGGAAAGAUGGGGGAUAUAUAUCUCGGCGCUCGAAGAAAUUAAUUGAGUUAUAUGACACCAUAAUGUUGGAAAAGUAUGGAGAAGACAUGUCCAUGCAUCCAGAGUUUGAUUCAGAAGUGUGGGCAGAGGUGUCAGGUAUGAAUAAGAAGAGGAGAACUUAUGGUUAUGAGGGUCGUAACUUAGAUACUGGCACUUUUGGACCUAUGUCUACUUCAGAUCCAGAGGCCGCUGGUCCCUCCCGCACUCACACUGUAGCUCCCCGCACUCACACUGCAGCUCCAACAGAAGAAUAUAUUAAGGAAGCUGUAAAUACAGCAAUGACUUCUUUUAUGCAAACGCAAUUGGCGCCUAUGUUGCAGCCCAUCCUUUCUAUGAUUGGUAGCUCCAUGCGAGAAGCACUAUCGCAAGGCAAAGUAGCUGAGAAAGACGGUGAGGCUGAACGAUGAUGAUUGAGUUGUUGAGAUAGAUGCAUUAUCUAACUCGAGUAUCUUUUGUUGCUCCUGUUUUAUGCCUGAUGUAGUUUUGGUUUUUGGCUGUUUUGGGAAUCAAGGAUAAUCAACUGCUUCUACAGGGCAUGUGAACAUUGAUUACCUAUGGUAUUACUGAUUAAGGCUAAUGCAUAUUAUGCUAUGUAUAUUUUACAUAUAAAUUUAUUAGCUGCAACUGAACAUACUAUGUUUCUUUUUUAAGCACUGCAUCUGAAUGUACUUUAUGGAUAUGUGAAAUGCAGAAGUUGCACUCACCAUUU